CGGGCCGGGAGCGGGCUGCGGAGCAAGGGUGAGGCGGCGGCCGAGCUGCGCCAGUGCCGCGCCGGCCGACCUAGCUAGCGCACCGCCCGCGUCAUGGAGCACUUCAUUGAAACCGUUCGCAAAUACCCCUGCCUGUGGAACACGACGGCCAUCGAGUACAGAGACCAAGAGUUAAAAGACGCGGCUUGGGCCGAAGUCAUGAAGGAGACCGAUCUGUCGUCGGUCAAAGAAGUAAAAUUAAAAUGGAAGAAACUUCGAGAUAGUUACAGGGACGCGCUGAAGAGACAAAACGAGAUGCUAGCCAAAGAUCCAAGCAAUCCCACCAAAAAGUCGUAUCCCUGGAAAUACAUGGGACCGAUGCAAUUCCUACAACCAUACAUGAGCAAUAGGAAAAAACCCGUCGAAUCACCAGUAUAUUCAGCACCGGUAGUCAAGCAAGAAAAUGGUCACCAACAUAACGGGGAAGCCCAUAGUUCUGAGGAGUCGGAGUCCGAAGCAGAAUCGUCACCUAAAAGAAAGAACUGCGAGCAGCUAACCGUGAUCGACAGGAAGCUUGACUAUUUAUGUAAAGUCCAAAACAAAAAAAUGUUCACGGAAGCUCAUUACUUGGAGCGGAAAAGGGAGACCCCGCCUCCGACGCUGCCUGACCCUCUGGACAUAUUUUUCAACAGCAUGUGCCAGUCUACUAAAAGACUGCCAUUUCCCACUCAAGUAAAAAUAAAAAAAAUCGUAUUUAAUGCCGUUAUUGAGUCCGAAGAGGCCUUGAUAGCGGAGCAGCAGAGUUACGCCGGUCUCUGGGCUCAGGGGGCGGGGAGUUCUUCGAGCAGCGAGGCCGGAGACGGCGCGGAGGACGAAGACCGGAAACCUUCCUGAGCCCUUCCUUACAGCGGCACAGCGCAUUAUUACAACUGGCUGUAUCAAUAUUACUACGCACAAAACAGCGCCUCCAGCCUCAAUACCGGAUCGUGAACUCGUGGUAAUAAUGGUCGGAAUGCCGCUUCCGAUUUCAGGACUGAUUUCUAAUGAAGUGUUUGUGUUUUAAAAAUGGCGGCAAUGGACGCUUAAAUUUUUGAGGUGUAUUAAUAUAGAAAAAAAAGAUCGUGAAUAUAGAAUUUAAAGUUUUGAUGCAGAAAAGCAAGUAAUGUAGACCUAAAGAUUAAUUUAAACGGGACACACUAAGCAUUUGUAAAGCUCCGUAUAAGCUCUGACGACUGAGUAAAUGAGUAUUUCGAACAAUUUUAACUCUGGCAUGAAACUGAUAACACGUUGGCUCCGCGCGCCAUUUUAUUUUCCAGCAACACAUUGCAGACUAUACGAGUAGCAAUACUUAAUAGUAAUUUUAAAUCCUAUGAUGUGAGCUAUGACGGGUUUACCUAUGUUCUUGGUUGGAAACGUUUUCUGUAAACUUCAUAAAGUAAUAUAUGAUUUGAAUAUUGAAUCAUUUGCAAAUCACAAUUACAGACAAUUACCUACUGACAGCAGCGAUCUCUCCGAUAGAAACAUUAAAGUUUUUGAAAUUUACUAAAUUGUACGUUGUCUUCAGUCGAAGUCUUUUUUUUAUUGCACAAGUCUCAUCAGUGAUAAUCGUAAAACAAGUUUGAACGUAGGAUGGUAUGAUGGUUGAGCUUUAGGGUUUUCUAUUAAGUCUAUAAACAUAUACAAAUACUACUAAAAUAACGACUCGCUUCAUUUAUUUUUUUAUUUAUUGUCAACUCUUUAUUCAAUUCUAAUCUAUCUAUCUAUUCUAAUCUAAUCUAUUUAGAUCUAAAAUAUAUUUUUAAUUUCGUGACUGGACUAUGGCAUGUUAUGUUCUUUAGUCAAUUCUGAGGAAACCUAUGUGAGGUUGGACUGAUGCCCAAAUGGAUAAGAAUUGUUGGAGACAAAUCUAAAAUUGUGCUUCUAAUUAGGAUUAAACAAUAAUUUUAAAGAUUAGUGAUGAUCGGAAAUAUUUAUUUUUAUGCAUCAAAUUCGUUACCUCUUAAGGAAUAACUCUAGAUAAUAUAUUAUUAAAGUAUUCCAAGUUUACUAUAAAAUCGCCAUCAAGGCGAUGUAAAUACUA